AUGGCCGCCCGCGGCGGGCAGCGGGAGCGGCCGGACGCGGUGCAGCUCGACCGGCUCCUGAGCGAGCGGGUGCACAAGGAGAUGCGGCACCAGAGGCUCUACACGCAGUACACCGUGAACCCGCUCCUACCCGUUCACACGGUCACCAGGAAGCCAAUGUCUCGGCAUGAUAAUAUAGAUGAGCCAACAGAUGACGAGUUCCUGAAACUUUUUCACCGCGCAGCGCUGGAGCCAAGAAAGAAAUAUCCAGAGCCACAAACUGAAAGCCAAGAAAUUGGCUGGAACACAACACCUCUGAUUCCUGUGGACCGUAACGACUGCAGACUCCACUUCCCACGCCGGAAAACCGAGUUCACUACAUAAACGGCUGCCCUGGGGCAUGGGGAGGAGGAAAGAAUCUUCAGUAGUAGAGGGGGAAAGCUACAAACUCAGAAUGACACUGAUGUAAUGUGUUAGACCUGCUUAUUAAUAGGCGAGUCUGGUAGAUUUCUAGUAAGAGACAAUAGAAAAGGAAAGAGAGAACCUCAGUCUGUCCAGAUUUGCAGCCUGACAACACUGACAGAAAUAAACUUAUAA